CCGGGAGGCGGGAACGCUGCCCCGGAGCCAACCGGAGACGGACCCUCCCUCUUCCCGGCGGGAAGCCUUUGAGAAGAUUUUUUUUUUUUUUUAAAUAUAAGAAACUUAAGGAUGGUGGGGGAAAACGACUAGAUGCCAUUUCCUGUGAUUCUUUAGCCGGAAAACUAUCAAAAUCUGUGUUUGUUUUUCUAACCAGGAAAAAUUCAUGAGAGAAGGAAAAGGAUGGCAUCUAGAGUAAAUACCAGUUUCACUUUGAUUCCCAACGAGAAAUAUAGACGUAGUAAUCGUCGAUCCAGCUGUUUUUCCAACACCCUUAAUUCAGAUUCUCAGCCCUUAUCAACGCUUGGAAAUUUUAAGGCCUUGCCAUUGGAAAUAUUCCAAAUAAUCUUAAGAUAUUUGUCAGUGAAGGAUAUCAGCAUGCUAAGCAUGGUGUCCAAGACAAUCAGCCAGCACAUUAUUAAUUAUAUAUCAACCUCAUGGGGAAGUAAAAGACUUUUACUACAAGAUUUUCAUAACCUUGAGCUACCUGGCAGGAGACAAGAAUCCACUAUACUGGAGCACUACAGAUCUUUAGGUCUACUAUUUAAGAGAUGUACGUUGCUGCUACCCACAAAGGAAAGACUAAAGUACAUUCACAAGAUACUUGCAGAAGUUUCCUGUUUUAAAUUCAGUGGCUGUGCAGCUCCAAUGCAAUGUUUAGGAUUACAAUGUUAUGGCAUAUUUUUACAGACAUUAACAGCAGGUUGGGAUGAACUUGAGUGCCAUCGUGUUUAUAACUUCUUAUGUGAGCUGACUAAUCUCUCCCGCAAGAUGCAGACAAUUGUCUGCAGCAAACCAGGAAGUGCCCGAAAACUGGAGUUAAGAAUCAGACUGUUCUGUAGGAAUGUCCUACUUGAUCAUUGGAUACAUCAAAGUGAUUCUGCUUUUUGGUUGACUCGUAUAUUAAAACCAUGGCCAAUGGUGAAUCAGGCAAGAUUACUAUAUGUCAUCUUUGGACCAAUAUCUCCUCAAGAUGGACAGGUUGUUUGGCAGAAAAUGAUAGAAGGGCCUACCGAUGAAUCCAGUCUGAAAGGCUUGGCUGAUGCCAUAAAAUUGCUGUAUGACACAGGCACCAAAGAGUGGACAGCAGAUGAUGUUAUCAGUCUUGUAGAUGAACUAUCAGUGGUUCCCCGUGAGUGGCUGCUGGAGAAUAAUGCACGUCUCCUAAUCCUAAGUGGAAACAACAUCUGUUUCACUUUCAUGGCUAGUAAAGCAGUGAAUGGAAGGGCCAUCGAACUGGCAAGACUGAUAGUCUUUUUGGCUUUGGUGUGUGAGAAAGAACUAUACUGCAUGGAUUGGGCAGUUAAAAUGAUGCAAAAAGUCUGUAAAGUAUUUAGCACUCCAGUGGAAAGAAAUAACUUCCUGCAAAGUGUGGCAAAUGCAUUUGCAUGUGUCAUAAUGGAGAUGCUACAGGCAGUUAUGGCUGGAGACCGUGACGAAGAUGACAGAAGCUUUUUGAAUUUGUUCCAUCUUGUGCAUGCUCAGGCUAACUUCCAUAAAGAGGUCUUAUAUUUGACCAUGAAUACUCUCUCUACCUAAAUUCUCACAAAGCCUUGCCUUUAGGGAAUGCCUCACUGAAAUAACAGAAGAGUGCUACUUUCGCAUUCUCAAAAAUAGCAUCCAUGGAACUUUUUAUCACCUAAAUAACUAAGAAUUCAGAAGUGGCAUAGAAUUCUAGAAGCAAUCGUUUAUACCAUUAUUAAUAAAAAAAAGUGUAGGCAAACCCAAGAAUAUAUUAUUUCUCAAAACAAGCUGUGCCUCUCCAGACUUUUAUAAACCAAACACCAAAUUAAAUGGAAUGUUAGUGUCCAAGAAUCUUGGGCCUGCCAACCUGUAUGUAUGGAUCUUCAAAGCAAGAGAAAAUUCUGUUUUAUACUUAGAGCAGACCCAGAGUCACUAGAUAGUAUGUACAUGUUCACUUUGCUUAGGUUGGGUAGCUAUAACCUAGAAUGUUUUGUGAAGAUUUACAAUAUGUUUUAGAAUGUGCCUAUAUAAAUCACAUUCUUUACCACCUUCUAGGCAUAUCACAAAGAACAUUAUACUUUGUUCACAUUUUGCAUGAACAGAUCAAAAACCAAAGGAAGUAGGUGUGUAUAUAAAGACAUAUUUCCUUCUUUAAGACAAAUCAUAUACACACAUAUCUUUUUUAAGACAAAUCAUACAAAAAGUAGCUAUUAAUAGAGGGAGGUUUAUAUUGUCUUAAUAUAACCAGAUCCUCUUUCAUUCUUCCCUGGGGACUAGAGUAACAUGUUGCAAAUAAGAUAAAAAGUAAAAGAAAGUAGUUAUUUGCUGCCAGAACAGUGUUUACAAAUAAUUUAUGUUUCUUCUAAACUUUUCUUCCUUCAAGUCCUCACUUAAAGAGUGGGACUUGAAGGAAACUAGAAGCAUGGAUUGUUAGAGCAAGAGCAGACCAUGGGAGAAGGGUUUUCUUCACACCAGUAAAUGGAUUCCAGGAAACUCCAGGACUAUGUCAGUCUGACUAGCAUCUGCCACCACCAGUUUUGUUAUUAAAGUAGAAAAUAACCAUGCCUCAGCAGGCUAAGAUAAUGCUGGAGCCCUCCUGGAUCACGCAUUUUCUUCUCCUUGGGUUUGAUUUCCUUUUGCUGUAGACACACCCCUUCCCAUUGGGCAUCUCAGAAGUUGACUUUCUUUUCCUGAGUCCUUUACUUAGCUCACCUCAGGAGCUGAUGAAGGGAAGAAACACUAAAAGAUACAGAAAUUAUUCGCAUAAGUAGGAUAUAAAUUGUGAGAAAUUCUCAAAUGUUGGGCAAGGGGGGCUCCCUAAGAUUUUACAGGAUUAAAUGAUUUGUGGAGAAAAUAUAAACAGUGAUAAGAUUUUUACUGUAGUUCAAUAACAAAAGCUCUUACCUUAAUUUCUGGAGGGUCAGAAAUAAAUUGCCAUUCUUUGAUGGCUGUCCAACUAUAAUUCCAUGGGUGGCAGGAAUUUUUACCUACAGAAUUUAGCAUUUGCAUAUUUAUGAAAAAACUAAAGUCCAUGUUUUUAUCCUGUUUCAUUUUCUUCUUAAUUUAAGAAUUCACCCACAACUAAAUUAUAAAUGUUAAAAGCUGGCAAAUACUAGAACAUCUUUAUCUGCUUUUUUUUCCCUCUCUUACUUUUUCCCAUACAUGCUUUGGGGAAAACCUAAUCCAUUUAUCUAACACUGAUGAUUCCAAGUUGAGAAUAUACCUUAUUGGAUUAUUUGAGGAAAAAGGGAAAAAUACAGUGAAAAAGUAAAAAUUUUAAUAUAAAUAAUGAAUAUUUUUAACAUUCUACUAAGUAGAUUUUGAGUUUUACUUACUUAGAAAAGGAAUUUUGGCAUUUUGAAGUUUCCUUAAUUCCUUGAAUUAUCCAAGUCUCCAUAGAAGUUAUUUUCAGCUACUUUUCAAGAUAGUAUAGUUUAAUUUAAAACAUUUUUGAGCAAGAUAUUAACACAGUUGAACUGACACAGUUGCUGCUGUAAUUUUUUAAACUAACAUUAUUUCAUUCUCAAUAGUUAUGAGAUUAUUAAGUCAUCCUCUUCAGAUAUUUGGAACGUAAAAAAUCUGAUUCAUUCUUUUCAUUCUAUUCAUUCAAUAGACAAAUGACAUCAUCUAGUUAACAAUAAAACGUAAAGUAACAAAUUUGUCCUCCAAUUAUUAAUAGAAAAAAAAUAUUUGAGGCCAAAUUUGCAGUUUUCUCAAUUGAGCAGUCUAUUUUUUUAAUUGAAUACAUUCGCUAUCAGGAAUAAAGUAUGAUAUCAAAUUUUAAAUUGGGAAAUUGACUUGCAAAAGCAUAUUUUAUUAUUAGUACUGAUGAUUAAGGGAUGGGACAGGCAGUCAUAAUGCUGGCAAAAGAAGUGUUUGCAAAAUAAAUAACCUUCAAACUUUAGGAGACUGUCCACUUCUAACUCUUGACAGUCAUACUAACAUCACUGUGUAAACUAAUAAUGGGUCAGAUAAUUUAUCCAGUCCCUUUUUCCAGAUUAGAAGACUGAUCUGGACUUCUAGCUCUUUUUUUCCUUUUUAUUGUGAUUUUCUUUGUCUCCUUUGACUUUGAUUAGUUAAUGAAUUUUUCCCUUGCACUAGAAGGCAAGCUCAACCACAGAGCAUUAUAUUUAUCUUUUCUGUUUCUAAACACAUCACACCAUAACACAGUUGAGAAGUUCAAGUGGUUAUGUGUCAGGCUGUUUUCUCCAUGGCCUGAACUAUAGACAUCUACUUCACUUCUCCAGCCUCUGUGAUACAGUUCUUGCUUCCAGAUCUCAUAACAAAGAUUUUAUUGCCAGGUAAUUUUUCACCUUUGUAGAUUAGAACAAGCAAGAGGUGCCUAACACAAGGUACAAUUGGAAGAACCAUUUUAUACCCCUAAUAACCUAUCCUCUUCAUAUGAUUAUUACUUAAGAGUAAACCUCUUUAAGUGAAUAGUAUUCAAAUACAUGAUCACAGAUUUUUAUGUUAAUAAGUAUUGUGAAGGGUAAAAACACAAAGCCACUACAAAAGUAAUACUUUUGUAUUACUGAGUAAUACUUCUUUACUGAUUCCACUGGCAGGCAGCCGGGAAACCUGUUGACAUCACCCUCUGGACACAUGUUCCUUGGAUUAUUGAGACAUCACUGAGAGCAGAUAGGUGUCUUCUCCAGGUUAAAAAGAAAGUGCCAAGGAAUUAGAAGCACUUUUUUUUUUUUUGGUCAAGAAAGUAAAUAUAACUAGAAAUUUACUUAAUUAAAGACUUGAAAAAAACUUAGGUAAACCCUUUAAGGUUUUUAAAUUAAAAGGAAAAAAUUAGUGCUUAUAGAUAUUCUGAGAUCAUUGUUUUCUUUAAAGUUCACAACACUGAAAAAAAUGCAUUGUUGUUUUUGAAAGUUUGUAUCAAUGGUAAAAUAUCUCUGAUACCUAAGUAUUUAAUAU